UUUAAUUAAAUUAAAACCAAUCUUAAUAAUAUUUUGGGUCGGGAUGUUACACUUGGCUUACUGAUUUGGAGAGAAUUUUUGAUGUCUUACAGUGUCCAGAGGAAGACAAGGUACGGUUGUCUGUCUUCCUUCUGAAAGGGAAUGUGUAUCAUUGGUGGAAAACGGUCAGGAGAGCUGAUAUGACUUGGGAGGAUUUCCAGCGCGUCUUCUUCGUGCAGUUUUACCCGCAUUCUUACCGGAAUGCGAAGAAGAUUGAAUUUCAGCAAUUGACUCAAGGAAAUAUGACCGUGUUUGAAUAUGAGCAGAAAUUCAAUGAGUUAUCAAGGUUUGCACCGGACUUGGUAGCCACUGAAGAAGAGAAGUGUAUGCGAUUUGAAUAUGGUUUAUGGUUGGAGAUUCAGGGUAAGGUUACUGCUACUCCACAUACUUCUAUGAGGGCACUGGCUGAAGCUGCUGAUAGAGUGGAAAGAACAAUCAGACUGACUGCUGGUAGACGAAGUAGAGACAUGUCAGGAAUUAGUGGACCGAGUCAGGGUCCAUCAAAGAGAGGAUCCAGCUCCAGUUCAGCAGGUAGUAGCUGGUCCGGUGGACGGAGAUCUAGCUCCAGCCGUGGUCGGUCUAGCGCUCGACCAGUGGGGGGCCAGCAUUCAGGACAGCAGUCGGUGGCCGGUACGAGUUGCUAUAUCUGUGGACAGACAGGAAAUCUCAGGAGGGAUUGUCCAUUGCGUGGGCAGACUAGUGGUCCCACCCAGAGGAGCGGCGUUACCUGUUUUCAGUGUGGACAGCCUGGGCACUAUAGGAGUGAGUGUCCACUUCUCACUGUUGGUGCUACUACGGGACAUGUGACUGGGGCCCAGCAGGGGCAAAGCGGUAGAGGACAUGGUCAGACCCGGGGUGGGGCAUCUUCUUCUGCAGCAGGUUCUUCUUCGAGUAGUGGGGUUCAGUCCACUUUCCGUGGACGAGGCGGUAGGAGUCAGAGGGGUCAGUCAGGGCGUGCUACUACUCAGGCCCGUGUUUUCUCUAUGACCCAGCAGGAGGCUCAGGCUACACCGGAUGUUAUCACUGGUAUGGUCUCUAUUUUUGGUUAUUUUGCACGUGUAUUGAUAGAUCCCGGGGCUACCCAUUCGUUCAUUGCACGUACUUUUGUACCGUAUGCCAGUGUUAGACCCACACCUAUGGCAGGGAGUUUUAGUAUUUCUUUACCUACUGGGGACGUCCUGUUUGCGGACAUGGUGCUCAAAGGUUGUUAUGUCCAAGUGGGAGAUGCAAUGUUAGAUGCGAAUUUGAUUCCCUUGGAUUUGGUAGAUCUUGACAUUAUCUUGGGAAUGGAUUGGUUAGAAAAGCAUCGUGCAUCGGUAGAUUGUUUCGGGAAGGAGGUAAUGUUUAGAAGUCCGGGACAACCUGAAGUCAUGUUCUGUGGAGAGCGUAGAGUUCUUCCGUCUUGUCUCAUCUCUGCCAUAACCGCGAAAAGGUUACUUAAGAAGGGAUGUGUGGGGUACUUAGCCCACAUCAUUGAUACUCACGAGAUCACUUUGAAUCUGGAGGAUGUUCCUAUUGUUCGUGAGUUUCCAGAUGUCUUUCCAGAUGAUCUUCCUGGUUUACCUCCUGAGAGAGAAACUGAGUUCACUAUCGAACUCCUUCCAGGCACGAAUCCAAUUUAUCAAGCUCCUUAUAGGAUGGCACCAGCAGAGUUGCGGGAGUUAAAGAUUCAAUUGCAGGAGUUGGUAGAUCUUGGAUUUAUUCGACCUAGUGUUUCCUCUUGGGGUGCACCGGUGUUGUUUGUAAAGAAGAAGGAUGGAACCAUGAGGCUGUGUAUUGAUUACAGACAAUUGAACAAGGUGACAGUGCGUAACCGAUAUCCUUUGCCUCGAAUCGAUGAUUUGUUUGAUCAAUUGAAGGGUGCUAAGUAUUUCUCUAAGAUCGAUCUGAGAUCGGGUUACCAUCAACUCAGAGUACGAGAUGAGGAUGUUCCGAAGACAGCAUUCAGGACUCGUUACGGCCAUUAUGAGUUCUUGGUGAUGCCUUUCGGAUUGACUAAUGCUCCAGCAGCGUUUAUGGAUCUCAUGAACAGAGUGUUCCGACCUUACUUGGAUCGCUUUGUGAUUGUAUUCAUAGACGACAUUCUUGUUUAUUCUAGAACUUUGGAGGGUCAUAAGAAGCAUCUGAGGUCGGUAUUGAGGACGUUGAGAAGGACGGAGCUGUAUGCCAAGUUCAGUAAGUGUCAGUUUUGGUUGGAUAGAGUGGAAUUCCUUGGACAUGUGAUAUCAGCAGAAGGAAUCUAUGUGGACCCACGUAAAAUAGAAGCAGUUGUGAAUUGGGUGCAACCCACUAGUGUGACAGAAGUACGGAGUUUCCUGGGGUUAGCAGGUUAUUAUCGUCGGUUUGUGGAAGGAUUCUCCGUGAUAGCAGCACCUCUUUCACGGUUAACAAGGAAAGACGUUCAAUUUGUGUGGACUGAAGAGUGCGAACAGAGUUUUCAAGAGUUGAAGAAGCGGUUGACCACCACACCUGUUUUAGCUCUUCCAGAUAAUUCAGGGAACUUUGUGAUCUUUAGUGAUGCAUCAUUACAAGGUUUGGGAUGUGUUUUGAUGCAGCAUGAUCGGGUGAUUGCUUAUGCCUCAAGGCAACUCAAGAAGCAUGAGCAGAAUUAUCCUACACACGACUUGGAACUUGCUGCAGUGGUGUUCGCUCUCAAAAUUUGGCGACACUACUUGUAUGGUGAGACGUGUCAGAUCUUCACUGAUCAUAAGAGCCUCAAGUACAUUUUCACUCAGAAGGAGUUGAAUAUGAGACAACGACGUUGGAUGGAGUUGAUUAAGGAUUACGACUGUACGAUUGAGUAUCAUCCCGGUCGAGCUAAUGUAGUAGCUGAUGCUUUGAGUAGGAGUAUUAAUGUGAGUUUAGCUCUUUUUAAAGGGGUUUAUAUUCCGUUGAUGGGGGAACUACGGAAGGAAGAGGUAGAGUUGGAAUGGAGUCAACAUGGUGCAUUACUUGCUAGUUUGUAUGUGAGGCCUAUCCUGAUCGAAAGG